AGGAAUAGGUGCAAAGGUCGCAGUACCGCCAUCCGCCGCUAGGGGAGCUCCCUGUCCUGUUAUGUUUGUUUGAAGAGAGAAGAAGUGAGCAGAUUUACUCUCAAGAUGCUGAUGAGGAAAUGACAACUAUGCCCCGCCUUGUCAUUGAUUGACAGAUGUGUCGGCCAUGACGCUGAGCCGCCGCACCCUGGCCGUCGCCCUCCUGCUGCUGCAGUUGCGAGGGGCGGCGAGCUCGAUGGACGAGGAGGACGGCGUGCCCGAGGAGUGGCUCCUGCUGCACGUGGUCCAGGGCCACGUGGGGGCGGGGAACUACAGCUACCUGCGGCUCAACCACGACGGCGCGGUGGCGCUGCACAUGCGCAGCCUGACCGGCGACGCCGACCUGUACGUGUCGGACCAGACGCUGCGGCCCACCUUCGACGCCUACACACUGCAGUCGGCCACCUGCGGCCGCGACCUGGUGCUGGUGCCCGCCCACUUCGCCCGGCCCGUGGGCAUCGCCGUCUACGGGCACCCGUCUCACCGGGAGAGCGAGUUCGAGAUGAGGGUCUUCUACGACCAGACGCCGGCGGCGGACCCCUUUGACUCGGAGGCCUCUCGCAAACUGAAGAAACCCGCCGAGCCGUCCGGCGAGGACUUGGAGGAAGACGAGUCUAUAUUCUGGACCGUUCUCAUCGGACUGUUGAAGAUCAUCCUGGAAAUGUUGUUUUAAAGAAACCACUUCUAGGGACCUGAAGAAGCCACUCGUCUAGCUGCUAUCGCACCAGGGGGCCGUUGCCAUGACAACAGCGGUUUCUUCAAACGUGACGAAGACGAGCGGGUCGGUACUUCCUGGUGUCACUUCUUCUUUGUCCCAGGUAGCGAUUAGCACGCUAGCACCGAGGUGGAGCGUUCCAACAGUGCCUUCACUUCUUCCAUUUCCUGCUGAAUUGAAGGAGGUUUCUUACAACAAUAAAAGACUUUUGAAGUGAGGCCUGCUCACUCCUUUUA